CCUUGUUGAAAAAGAAACAACACCAACAACCAACAAGAGAAAGAAAGAAAGAAACAGCUCCUCCUCCUCCUCCUCCGUCGAAACUAACCAAACCAGACUCCAUUCUCUUCAUCAUCUUUCAAACCUUUUUCAAAUUCCCCAAUUUCAAACCCUAACCCUACCCAUGCUCACUCUCUAAAACUCACCGGCGAUCGCUCCACUUUUCAUGGCGGAUUCGCCGCACUCUCUUCCGCCAUCGGCUAGGGUUUCAUUCUUCCUCAUUCUUCUAUCUCAGAUCUCCUCUUUCAGUCCGACUUGAAUCAACGAUUGUCGUCGGAUUAUUAGGUUUCACCGGCGGUGCUAUGGCUGCCGGAAAAGGAGGACUGGUUGACAAGCUGUGGAGGUUUGUACGGACGGUUUAUUUUAUGGUGGUGAUGAUGACGUCACUACUGGUGUUAUCGCUUCCGGUUUUGGUUGCAAUUGGUGAUGUGUUGGUGCCUUGUGUAUUGAUUUCGAGCUUUACGUGUGUUAAUUGUUACGGUUUUAAAGAGCAUUUGAGGAGAUACUCGUUUAGAAGUUCGUUGACGGAUGUUCCGGUGGUUUCGGUUAUCAGAUCUCUCAUAAUCACCUGUGUUUAUAUGAUCUGUGAUGGUCCUGUGCUUUCACACGGGCAAUAUCUUGGCACGGUUACAUUAUGCUCCACCUUUUCAGUUCUUCUUUUAUCAGUAAAAGUUUGCAUUUUCACUGUCAAUUCACAACUCGAAGCUGAAGCUUCAUCCUCUCCUUCGAGAAAAAGACUUCAUUUAAAGAAAUCAUGGGGGAUGCCUGUAUUAUUUCUAUCAUCUGUGGUUUUCGCUCUUGGGCAUAUUGUCAUUGCUUACCGCGCAAGCUGCAGAGCACGAAGAAAACUUAUGCUUCACCGAAUCGAUCCCGAAUCAGUUCUUUCAAGCAAGCUUUUAUUUGCAUCUGGGUACGCUAAAGUGCCAAGGUCACCAACUCCUGCUGGUCGAACACCAAAAAGUGACAGUGAAAUUAAACGAAAACCGAUGGGGCAAGGUCAUAAUGAUGGUGAACUCCCGGUCAGAUUACUUGCUGACGUGGACAGUCUAUUCAUGGGUUGCCAGGGUGUCACUCUACACUACAAACUUAGCAUGCCUAGUCCACCUUCACGUACACUAUCUUCUUCCCUGAUCGAGAGGCCGUCAUUAAAUAUAAUCCCGAAAACACAAUAUCAUCUUCGCAGGAGCUUUAGCAAUCAAAUUCACACGUCUCCUCUGUAUACUCCGUUAUUAGAUGGUACUAAUACUAAUUCCCAUGUACUUUCUGAAGAAAUACCCGUUUUUAGUUUAAAUGACGGGAAUGAUGAGCAUGCAAGUAUGGAACCUGUUCAUCAUUCGCUUGAACAAGUUCCUGAAGUAAAUGGCCGGUUUGGGAUUGUUCUGGUGCAUGGGUUUGGUGGGGGUGUAUUCUCGUGGAGGCAUGUUAUGGGUGACUUAUCUAGACAUGUUAAUUGUGUUGUGGCGGCUUUUGACCGUCCCGGUUGGGGUUUGACUUCAAGACCGAGGCGAGAGGAAUGGGAAUCGAACAAUCUUCCCAACCCGUACAUGCUUGAUACUCAGGUUGACAUGCUUCUUUUGUUCUGUAAAGAAAUGGGCCUUUCUUCUGUUGUGCUUGUUGGUCAUGAUGAUGGAGGCAUUCUUGCUAUAAAGGCUGCACAAAGAGUGAAGGUGACUUCGAGUCUUAUGGACGUGGAAAUUAAAGGUGUAGUACUGCUGACAACAAAUCUUUCAAGAGAAGUUGUUCCUGGAUUUGCUAGAAUACUCAUGCGUACAUCUUUAGGAAAGAAACACUUGGUUCGACCUUUGCUACGAACCGAAAUUUCGCAGGUUGUUAACCGGCGGGCAUGGUAUGAUGCUACCAAGCUAACAAUGGAUGUGUUAAGCCUUUACAAGGCGCCACUAUGUGUAGAAGGAUGGGAUGAAGCAUUGCACGAAAUUGGUAAGUUAUCAUCCGAAACAAUUUUCACACAACAAAACGUAUCGUUGCUGGUAAAAGCAGUGGACAACACACCACUUUUGGUUAUUGCUGGAGCCGAAGACGCUCUCGUUCCUCUAAAAUCCGUUCAAGCCAUGGCAUCCAAGUUUGUAAAUUCUAGGCUAGUAGCGAUAUCUGGUUGCGGUCAUCUGCCUCACGAGGAGUGCCCGAAGGCGUUGCUUGCAGCUGUAUUACCAUUUAUUAGCAAACUGUUAAUUUCAGUAGAUUCUGAAAUCGAAUAGGGGAUCUUAGCAAUAGGUUAAUUUAAAAUUUGGUGAGGUUUGUCGGGUGGGGUUUGAGGUUUGGUCUCUUUUAUUCAUCUCGAGAGGGACGGGUCAAAUUCGCCUGUUUCUUUCGUGUAUUUUUGAUAAGUGGUUCUAAGUUUCGGGCGGGCUAAAGAGCGUGCUCUUACUCACGUGUAAUUUGUUUACUCGUUUGUGGUUGGCAUCAAUCAAAUUGUUUAUAUGCCUGUUGUGAAACGGUUAACUGUUCUACCUUUGUUGAAUCAAGUUGUUUGUUAUAUAAGAUACGCCAAUUCAUAA